AUGAAGAGGAGGAAUGGUGUACCCCACAAAUGAUGGAUAGCCUAAUUGGCGGAUACCUUGUUCUCAAUAUACAACGCGUUGAAAAGCUCACAUUUAUCAUUGACAACAUGUCUAUUGUAGACGAGAUCCAAUCUCGUCUUUCAACGAUAUCCGCACCUAUCUUAAAACAGUUCAAAGUAGUACUUGGAGAGCUUUCCAUACUACUACCGAUACAUGUCGAUGACCCAUGUACAGAACUCGACGAGUCACUCCCUUUCUUUGGUGGGGCUUAUCCUCAACUUCAAUCCCUCACCCUCCACUGGGUUCCUUUGAAUUAUAUUUCCGGAAACCUGGCAAAUCUUACAGAGCUCGAUUUUUCACUACAAGAUCCUUUGCCCCCAUCAUUAUUCAUAAAAUUUAUCACCCCAAUGUCGCAACUUCGCUCUCUUGCGCUUCGAAAUGGGGGUCCCGCAUUCGAAGCGCGAGACCAGCACUCUCAAGUAGUUCACCUUCCUUCCCUUCGUCGGCUAGUCUUGGGUGCGAUGCACGCCCAAUAUAUCGAAUAUCUUCUGUCAAUAUUCCGACUACCUGCUCUUCAAGAGCUCGGUGUUCAUGCCAUUUAUGAGAAUAUGGCGGAGGAUGUGUGGCGUUGUUUGGCAAAAUACGAACGCCGUCACCUUCUCAGCGGUAUACAGACCUUGGAAUUGUUCGAUGUUGAAGAGUCUCUUCUAAUGCAACCUGGACUCCCAAGCUCUUUUGUCCUUUUCCUGUCUACCCUUCAUCGCCUGAAGUAUCUGUGUAUGAGAAAAGUGGCCCUAGGUUUCCUUCAGGUCCUACAAGCACCAGUCAAUCUUCAUCUAUUACCUACUCUUGAAGCCCUCGAAAUCUGUUGCGUGGUCAAAAGAGAGCUCAUAUAUGAUUGGGAUGACAUUGACGACCGUUUCCCGGUCGAGACGGAUAUUGUAGCUGACAACCUAGUAAGAAUGAUCCGAGAGAGGUCUGUUCGCCGACGUUUGCCAAUACUCCAUCUCGACAAGGGUGAAUGGAGGCCAGAGAAGCGAGCUAGGUUCCUUCGCCUACUUGCUGAAGACAAUUGCUUCAACUUGCCUUUUGAAUUCAACCCAUCUAUCGAACACCAUCUUCCAAAACUGCUGGAACGCCCUGAGGACUCCAGAGUCGGUAACUCAUACGAAAAGUCAGCUUGGCCAUGGAGUCGAUUCACAGGAAGACGGCCGCAGGUGCGUAACAUGCCUCAGCGCGGAGAGGCUGAUUUUACUAUCCUAGCUGUUGACGGGGACGAUAUUUUUCGGUUGGACGAGCCUUGUGCUUACACUGUGGUGGCACUCGGAGUUCAAUUUCUUCACGAGUUUCUUAGCAU